AUGAAGUUGCUGCUUGUUGUUUCUGCUGUUCUGGCUGUAUCCAGCUGUGCCAGCAUCUCUCUGGAAGAUCUGGAGUUUCACGCUUGGAAACUGAAAUUUGAAAAGUCAUAUGACUCUGAGUCAGGUGAGGCUCACCGGAAGCAGGUUUGGCUCAACAACCGCAAAUUUGUGCUAAUGCACAACAUCUUGGCAGACCAGGGUUUGAAAUCCUACCGCCUUGGGAUGACACACUUUGCUGAUAUGGACCAUGAAGAGUACAAACAGCUGGUUUCCCAGGGUUGCCUUCACACCUUCAAUGUUUCUCUGCCUCAGCGUGGCUCUACCUUCCUUGGCCUGCCUGAAGGUACUGAUCUGCCCGACACUGUUGACUGGAGGGAUAAGGGAUAUGUCACUGAAGUCAAGGAUCAGAAGCAGUGUGGCUCCUGCUGGGCCUUCAGUACAACUGGUGUUCUGGAGGGUCAGCACUUCAGGAAAACAGGAAAGCUGGUGUCUCUGAGUGAGCAGCAGUUAAUGGACUGCUCUCACAGUUUUGGCAACAAUGGCUGCAAUGGAGGAUCAGUGAAGCGGGCCCUUCAGUACAUCCAAGCCAAUGGAGGAAUUGACACUGAGACAUCCUACCCUUAUAAGGCUAAGGGUCAACGAUGCCGUUACAAGCCUGAUGGUAUUGGUGCCAAAUGCACUGGCUAUGUUCAUGUCAAACCCAGUAAUGAAGAAACCCUGAAGAAAGCUGUGGCCACUAUCGGACCGAUAUCUGUUGGCAUUGAUGCUUCUCGUAAUUCAUUCCAAUUCUACCAAUCAGGAGUGUAUGAUGACCCUGACUGCAGCAAGACAGUAUUGGACCAUGGUGUGCUGGCUGUGGGUUAUGGUACAGAAAAUGGACAUGACUACUGGCUGAUCAAGAACAGCUGGGGUCUCAGAUGGGGAGACAAGGGAUACAUUAAGAUGAGCAGGAACAAAUCCAACCAGUGUGGGAUUGCUUCUCAAGCAAGCUACCCUCUGGUCUGA